GCCGGCUCUAUGGUGUGAGGGCAGCGAUGCACAAGCACCACCACUGCUGCAAGUGCCCCGAGUGCUACGAGGUGACGCGGAUGGCGGCCCUGCGGCGCAUGGAGCCCCCCUCCUACGGCGAGUGGCAGCACGAGCAAUACGGCUACAGCGGGUACGGCUCGCAGACCCUGCCCGCGCCCGGGGGGGCCGCGCCCGCCGCCCGCGGCAAGGCGAAGCUGGGGGCCCCCGCCCGCGACCCCGCCGCGCUGAAGCCGCCGCCGCCGCCGGGGAAGAACGCGCCCAAGGUGAACGGGAGCGGCCCGGGCUGGUGGCCCGAGUGCACGUGUUCGAGUCGCGACUGGUACGAGCAGGCCAACCCUGCUCCCAUUAUUGUGAACACAGACUCACUGGAACAAGGGCUCUCUGUGAACGGCAGCGAUGGGAUGUUCAAAUAUGAGGAGAUUGUCUUGGAAAGGGGUAACUCUGGCCUCGGCUUCAGCAUAGCAGGAGGAAUUGACAACCCGCACAUUCCAGAUGACCCGGGUAUCUUCAUCACCAAAAUCAUCCCUGGGGGAGCAGCAGCCAUGGACGGCCGUCUAGGGGUGAACGACUGUGUGCUGCGGGUGAACGACGUGGACGUCUCCGAGGUGGUGCACAGCAAAGCCGUGGAGGCCCUGAAGGAAGCGGGGCCCGUGGUGCGGCUCGUGGUGCGCCGCCGGCAGCCCCCACCAGAGACCAUCAUGGAGGUCAACCUCAUGAAGGGCCCCAAAGGCCUGGGGUUCAGCAUCGCCGGGGGCAUCGGGAACCAGCACAUCCCUGGGGAUAAUAGCAUCUACAUCACCAAGAUCAUUGAGGGAGGUGCUGCCCAGAAGGACGGACGCCUGCAGAUUGGGGACCGGCUGCUCGCGGUGAAUAACACGAACCUGCAGGACGUGAGGCACGAGGAGGCAGUGGCCGCCCUGAAGAACACUUCUGACAUGGUGUACCUGAAAGUGGCCAAGCCUGGCAACAUCCACCUCAACGACAUGUAUGCGCCCCCCGACUACGCCAGCACCUUCUCAGCCUUGGCUGACAACCAUAUAAGCCAUAACUCCAAUCUGGGCUACCUUGGCAGCAUCGAGAGCAAGCCUGCCUACCCAGGCCCUCCCCAGGUGACUCCAUCCCGGUACUCGCCCAUCCCUCGGCACAUGAUUGGGGACGAGGACUUCACCAGGGAGCCCCGGAAAAUCAUCCUUCACAAAGGUUCCACUGGCCUGGGCUUCAACAUCGUCGGAGGAGAAGAUGGUGAGGGGAUCUUUGUGUCCUUCAUCCUGGCUGGAGGCCCUGCUGACCUCAGUGGGGAGCUGCGGAGGGGAGACCGCAUCCUCUCGGUGAACGGCGUGAACCUCCGCAACGCCACCCACGAGCAAGCGGCAGCGGCCCUGAAGCGGGCGGGGCAGACGGUGACCAUCGUCGCGCAGUACCGGCCCGAAGAGUACAGCCGCUUCGAGUCAAAGAUCCACGACCUGAGAGAGCAGAUGAUGAACAGCAGCAUGAGCUCUGGCUCCGGCUCCCUCCGGACAAGCGAGAAGAGAUCUCUCUAUGUCCGAGCCCUGUUUGACUAUGACCGGACCCGGGACAGUUGCCUGCCCAGCCAGGGGCUCAGCUUCUCUUACGGGGACAUCCUGCACGUCAUCAACGCCUCGGAUGAUGAGUGGUGGCAAGCCAGGCUGGUCACUCCUCAUGGCGAAAGUGAGCAGAUCGGGGUCAUCCCCAGCAAGAAAAGGGUGGAAAAGAAGGAGAGAGCACGGUUGAAAACGGUGAAGUUCCAUGCCAGGACUGGCAUGAUUGAGUCCAACAGGGACUUCCCUGGGUUAAGUGACGAUUAUUAUGGAGCAAAGAAUCUGAAGGGCGUGACAUCAAACACCAGUGACAGCGAGAGCAGUUCCAAAGGACAAGAAGACACCAUCCUGUCAUACGAGCCAGUGACGCGGCAUGAAAUUCACUACGCGAGGCCGGUGAUCAUCCUGGGGCCGACCAAGGACCGGAUUAACGACGAUCUCAUCUCCGAGUUCCCACACAAGUUUGGUUCCUGCGUGCCACACACCACCAGGCCUCGGCGUGAGAAUGAGGUGGAUGGACAGGACUAUCACUUUGUCGUAUCCCGUGAACAGAUGGAGAAAGACAUCCAGGACAACAAGUUCAUAGAGGCUGGGCAGUUCAAUGACAAUCUCUAUGGGACCAGCAUUCAGUCAGUGCGGGCAGUAGCAGAGAGGGGGAAACACUGCAUCCUGGAUGUGUCUGGCAAUGCUAUCAAGAGGUUGCAACAAGCACAACUUUAUCCCAUUGCCAUUUUCAUCAAACCAAAAUCCAUUGAAGCUCUCAUGGAGAUGAACCGGAGACAGACGUAUGAACAGGCCAACAAGGUCUUUGACAAAGCCAUGAAACUUGAGCAAGAGUUUGGAGAGUAUUUUACAGCAAUCGUACAAGGAGACUCUCUUGAAGAGAUUUACAGCAAAAUCAAACAGGUCAUUGAGGACCAGUCCGGGCACUACAUCUGGAUCCCAUCCCCAGAGAAACUCUGAAGAUGCCCCCCACCAGCUUCCCUGUGAGCAGAAGGUCUCUGAAGUCCCACCCAAGCCCUCUGCCCCAAGGAGGGGGGGAUAUGAAAAUGAUUCCUGCCCCCUUUUUUUAGAUCGUCGCAAAAUUGAGUUUUCUAGUCCUGUUUCUUUUGUUGGGAUGAACUCAUUCAUCACGUGACUGUUCCCACUGAUCCUGCAUGGACCUUCCCACUGCUCCAUUAGAGACAGAUGAGAACCCAUUCAAGGUCGUUUUUUAUUAUUAUUAACUAAACCAAGAAUCAAGAUGGGAGGAGGCAGCUAAGGACUAACGUAAGAAACAAGUGAAACAACAAACUCUGAGCACAGGAGCUAGCAUCAGAGCUCCAGGGGCAUUUUUCCAAGUGUGACUGUCUUGCAACUCUGAACAGUGCAACAGAAAGGCAGCAGAAAGCAUUUUAUUUAUCUGUAUAUGUAAUUUAUAUAUAAUAUAUAGAGAGAUAUUAUAUAUAUAUUAUAUAUAUAUAUGUAUGUGGACUAGGAAACCUGAGGGACCUCUCUUAAAAGGUAUUGUAUUAUUGCAAGGAUCUUUCAGUUUCUCUGUCCUGACCACUGGGGGUAAGGGAGUCCACUUGGGCAAGAAGAAAGCAAAAUGGUACCAGGUGCUUUGGGACAUCUCCCUUUGGGGGCAGCUCCCUGCCAGCACCCCAGGUCUGGGGCAGAGCAGAGACUGGUUUGCUGCCUCUGCAGGAGGGACCUGAGGUCCAGAGUUAACACAGCAAGGAGCAGCAGCUGAGCUGAGGGUGGCUGAGAGACAAGAGACUGAGCAGGAGGCUGCAGAGCAAGAGAAUGGAUGAUACUACGUACUAAAUUGCACAUUGUUUUACACAUCACCUUAUGUGUUUGCAUGAGAGGUUUCCUUUUGGUUCUAUUUUUUUUAAGCUGAUUUUAAACCAAAACCACAUUGUGUUGCUGUGUUGGCUUUUUCCUUUGGUUUGUUUUUCUUUUUUUUUGGUUAUUCCAUUUUUCUCUUGUUGUUAAUGAACUGAAUGGGUAUAAAAUCCAGUUUUUUAACUUAUUUUUUAAGCUGACUCUAUUGUAAAUAGAAUCUAGGUCUGUGGUGUUUAGUUAGGAAAUACUCUACUGGCCACAAGCAACAACCCUACCUGCUCUCCUGUGUUGCUGUGGGAAAUCUGGGACAUUGGGUUGGCCCUGUACCUGUGGGUGCAGGUGAAGUGCCCCAGCCUGGCUUGCAGCAGCGUGCUGGUGUUCCUUUCUGCAUUAGCCACUGGCAGGAAAAGCCCCCAGCUGUGCCUUGGAUGGACACUCACACUUUUCCAAAUCAGUAACAGAAUUGAACAACUUCCUCUCUUCCCUGCUUCGUGCCAAAUUCCCAGCUCUGCUGCAUGCAGGUAGUGGUGGUCCCUUCCAGCACAGCAGGGACUUCACCUGGUGCUCUGGGAGUGGGGCUUGGCAGGUGAAGGUGUGGCUGCUGGCCUGGUUCUGUCUCUGGCAGGUCUCCUUCUGAACUUGGGCUCUGCUCCCUCUCUCAAGGUCACCUCAAACAGAACUGGGUGCCCUGUGCUGGCAGGUCUGUGGGGCAGGGGCUGCAGAUCUGCCCCCAUCCUCUGUGCACUGGGAUCUUUCAAGUGAGGCAGCCACUGGUGCUGAGACAGGUGGCCCCACCUGAGAAAUGUCUUUGAGGACACUUCGGCUUCUGUGCUUGAAUGGGGCUCCAUCCUGGGAGCAGAGCUUUCCGUGGAGCUGCUGAGGGGACUCGAACAGCCUUUGAGCAGGAGCUGUGCUGCUGGGUACUCAGUACAGGCAGAAGAGCCCUCCCACCUUCAGAACAGCUGGUGAAUGCUGUUCCUCAGGCACAGUGCCAAGCACCAGUACAAAGGAGGUGGUCAUAUGAGCACAAAGCAGGUAAGUCUUGGCCCAUUUUUCCCCUCUCCUCAUUUUAUAGGCAUAAGUGGCUGUGCAGGGUACCAGUCCUCUUUCCUGAAGGUUAACAGGUACCACAGUGUGUCAGUCAUGAUGUGGUGUCCAAAGGCCACGGGUUUCAGUGUGAGAUGCCCCAAGGCUGUACAUGGGCUGUCUGGGGAGCAGCUGUCCUCACCUGUCCUGCAUCACAAGGAGCCCUGCAGGGACUGAGCAACUUCCCAGGACAGAGAGCAGUGCUGCAGAGGAGGUGGCUGUGAGUGUGGUGGAGAGCAGGAAGGACUCUGCUGUCAGGGGGACCGACCCUAAAGGAGCAAACUUUGGGAAUGGAUUCCUCUUGGGCAUCCAGCCCCUGCCCUGCUGGUUCUGCUCCAGCUGCUAUAAAUGUCAGUCCCUGAAGAAGUGGAGUAAGUGAAACAGAAGUCUUUAAGAUGCUAGUCACAUCGUUCCUGUCUUUUUUAUUUUAUUUUAUUUUAUUUUUCUUCCCCCCCAAUAGCCUGUCUCCCUCUCACCAAGUCACAUGGAGAAAAAGCUGAUGUACUCCAUGGGAUAACUGACAGUAUCGAAUCGAUCAUGACAAUACUAGUUGGUUACCAGUGUUUCUUCCAAGGAGACAUAUAUUUUUAAUAAACAGAGAGUUGCAAAGAACUCUUGUCUUUGAGA